UCGCAUUACCAUCUCAUAGCUUUCAAACACCAAGCCUAGUUUUCGUGAGAAAGACAACAAGGCUUAGUUAAGCUAUGGAGUCUCACUCAAACACCGCCAUUCCAUCCUGGUUCCUCUGCCUCCUCCUUAGUAAUUUCUUUCUUCUCUUCUCCCAUACCAAAGCUGAAGUUCACUACCACGACUUUGUUGUCCAAGCGACGCCAGUGAAGAGGCUGUGCAAGACCCACAACAUCAUUACGGUGAAUGGGCAAUACCCAGGACCAACUUUAGAGGUUAAAAAUGGUGACACCCUCGUGAUUAAUGUCGUGAACCGAGCCAGCUACAAUGUCACACUUCACUGGCAUGGAGUUCGACAAAUGAGAACGGCAUGGGCCGAUGGACCGGAGAUGGUGACUCAGUGUCCGAUCAGGCCCGGCGGGAGCUACACAUACCGGUUCACGAUCGAGGGCCAGGAGGGGACCUUGUGGUGGCACGCACACAGCUCCUGGCUCCGCGCCACCGUGUAUGGAGCUCUCAUCAUCCACCCAAAGGAGAACACCUCCUAUCCAUUCGCAAAGCCUGCAAGAGAAAUCCCCAUCCUUCUCGGAGAGUGGUGGGAUGCGAAUCCAAUUGAUGUCGUCAGAGAGGCGACACGGACCGGAGCAGCUCCAAACAUCUCCGAUGCUUUCACCAUCAAUGGCCAGCCCGGCGAUCUCUACAACUGUUCGAGCAAAGACACAACGGUGAUUCCGGUGGCCCCCGGUGACACCAACCUCCUCCGGAUCAUCAACGCGGCCCUGAACACCGAGCUUUUCUUCGCCAUCGCCGGGCACCAGAUGACCGUCGUCGGAGCCGACGCUUCCUACACCAAGCCCUUCACCACCUCCGUGGUCAUGCUGGGCCCGGGCCAGACCACCGAUGUCCUCGUGAGCAUGGACCAGCCGCCCUCCCGGUACUACAUGGCCGCCCGGGCCUACGCCAGCGCCCAGGGCGUCCCCUUCGACAACACCACCACCACCGCCAUCCUGGAUUACGACUGCGGAUGCUCCGCCAAGCCCGGACAAGGCAUCCAGCCGGCAUUCCCGAACCUCCCGGCCUACAACGAUACCGCCACCGCCACCGCCUUCUCCACCGGCCUCAGAAGCCUGAACAAGGUCAGCAUCCCGAGCCCGGUAGAUGAGAACCUCUUCUUCACCGUCGGCCUGGGCCUCUUCAACUGCCCUCCAGGGAAGACGUGCGGCGGCCCGAACGGGACUCGCUUCGGCGCCAGCGUGAACAACAUCUCCUUCGUCCUGCCCGCCAGCUUCUCCAUCCUCCAGGCCCACCACCACGGCGUGGCCGGCGUGUUCACCACCGACUUCCCGGCCAACCCGCCGGUGCAGUUCCACUACACGGCGACCAAUGUGACCCGCGCCCUGUGGCAGCCCGUCGCGGCGACCAAGGUGUACAAGUUGAGGUACGGUUCCGUGGUGCAGCUGGUGCUCCAAGGCACCAGCAUCUUUGCCGCCGAGAACCAUCCGAUCCACAUCCACGGCUACGACUUCUACAUUCUCGCCGAGGGGUUCGGGAACUUCGACGCCGCCAAGGACACAGCCAAGUUCAACCUUGUCGACCCGCCGAUGAAGAACACCGUCGGGGUGCCGGUGAACGGCUGGGCUGUCAUCCGGUUCGUGGCGGACAAUCCGGGGGUCUGGCUCAUGCACUGCCAUUUGGAUGUGCACAUCACCUGGGGCUUGGCCAUGGCUUUCCUGGUGGAGGACGGAGUCGGAGAGUUGCAGUCCCUAGAGCCCCCUCCAGCUGACCUUCCCGUCUGCUAGGCUCGAGGAAGAUUCUCAGCGUAGUCGUCCUCCUUAUUUUUAUUAUUGUUUUUUGUUUUAUUUUUGUUCUUUUUUAGAGGAUUUUGGAUUAUUUGAGUCUCACAUUUGGUGAUCUUAUCUACAUUUAUUACAACAAUAAUAAUUAUUGUUAGAAGAAUACCAUCUCCUAGCUUUUUUUC